AAAUCUGCUGUUUUUUGUUUUAUGUGAAAUCACAUGUGAACACCGUUGCUGUGUGAGAAAAUCUGUUUCUGGACGAGCUAGAUUUGAGCUAUAGCAGUGUCUAUUUUUAAAAUCAGUGACACAGUUUUGUGAGAGUUUCGUAAGUUUAACUUACAGCUGCUUCGUGAUAUUGUUUUCUCUAGAGAGCUAUCUUUUUUAGUCUUUUAUUCGUUUGCAGUCUACGAUGAUGAAGUGUAAAUCCAGCAGAUCUUCCAUGGUCAAUGGAGUUCAGUCAAACAUUUCUGCCUUUUUCCUCUCAAAGGUUUCUCUGAAGUCACCUAAAAGAUUUGAAGCUGGAAUUACUGGAUCCCCCGUUUCAUUGAAGACUUGUUUUGUGGACGAUGAAAAUGUCCCCUGCUCCCCAACCCCAUCUGCUGUUCCAGAGACACCUGACAGUCUGAGGACCGAGAACCCUUCCGACAUUUCAUAUGAGAACCGCUCACCCGUGUCCCGCGGUCUACAUACUAAAGGUGUCAGAGGUAAACCUAGCCUGAUGGCACGUAAGCUGAUGCAACCACGGAACAGCAGCAGUCCAGAGUCAAAGGACACUUUUGAGCUUAAGAAUGGCUUAAGUCACUCAGGCUCUGUAAAGCGGUUGUUGCACAGCUCAGAAAAUAUCCAGAGUGCCAAGCGAUCCAAGAUCAUGCAAGUUCAGGAACUACCUGAGUGUGACGCAAGCUUACCAGAGACUAAGCGAAAUGAGUCUUUGAGAACGCUCUCUGUUAUGUUUCAUAAGAGUCCUGAGAAAAAAAUCAAAGCCGAGUCUGUUAGUAUUGAGAGUAGCCGACUGGCAAAUGGGCCUUGUGUGAAAACGAUUGGAAAAACAAAUGGUUUAUCAAAGCUCUCAAAAAAAUCCUCUAAUCAGCUGACCUUUAGUACCUGUGAGAAAGAGAAAGAGAAUUUACUUGCUCAUAAAGUGAAGCCGGAGAUAGGCAUGGGUGCGGUUUCUGGAACAAAUGACUUAGAUCUUGUGAUGUCUUAUAGUUCAUGGAUAAAAAAUGGGUCUACUGAAGAAAAAGAGACUUUUCUCAACUGUCCUAUUACUAAGAAGAGGCCAUUGAGUACUGCUGAGCUUCAAGUGAAAGAAAAAAUUGAUGGAAAGACUUCGCCAGCCCCUUUUGAGGAUGAUUUUACUGAUUUGAUGGAUGAGUGGUUUGAUGAUGGCAUGGAGCAAAAAUCUGAGGCGCCAAAACCCAAGAAGUUCAGUCAUGAAAAAAUCAAAGGCAUACCAGAGCAUGUUACACUGGCCUCUGGUGUUCAUAACCGAUACUGGGUGCUGGAUGUACAAGACGUCACUUCAUCACAAAGUGGCACAGAGAAACACUUAACCAUCACCUGCUCAAAGACGACACAGUCCACAGAGACUUGUGUUCUCAAAGAUGGCUGGGAGAGUUCUCCGGUUGCUGUGGGGGACAUCAUUCACUUGGAAGGGAGGAGUGUUUCUGGCUUGUGGACGAUUGACAGAGACUCUGGUUUUCUGGUUCUGCUGCCUGACCUGCUGAUAUCUGGGACCAGCAUUGCCAGCAGUAUUCGCUGUAUGAGGAGAGGGGUGCUGGGAGAGAUGUUUAAGGGAUUUGAUGGUGGAUCUAAGCAGAUGCUAAAUGGUACCAUAGUCCAUGAUAUCUUCCAAAAAGCAGCCAUGUCCUCGGAUUUCUCUCCAGAGAGGAUACAGACAUUUGCCUCAGAUGCCCUAAGAAACCCCAACUACCUUGGACAAAUGUACAGUCUACAGCUGACUCAGGCUGACAUGAGGCAGGAAGUUGAAGAAUAUCUUCCCUCUUUAUCUGAGUGGGCAAAACACUACCUUCACACUUCACCACAGGCUGGUCAAAAGGAGCUCACUCUGAAACUCGCUAGUGAUGGGGCUCUGAGCAAGCAAGAUGCAGCCUGUAGCAUGACAGUCACAGAUUUUGUGGACAUCGAGGAGAACAUCUGGUGUCCGAGUUUUGGCCUGAAGGGGAAGAUAGAUGUCACAGCUGGCGUCAGGAUUCACCGGAGAGGCAGAAAGCCCAUAGAAAGGAUUGUGCCACUGGAGCUGAAAACCGGCAAGGAGUCCAACUCCAUUGAGCAUCGCAGUCAGGUAAUUCUUUACACAUUGAUGAGCUCAGCUAGACGUUGUGAUCCAGAGGCAGGAUUCCUCGUCUAUUUGAAGACUGGCAGUCUACAUCCUGUUGUGGGCAACCACAUGGACAGAAGAGAGCUGAUUAAAAUAAGGAACUCUUUGGCCCAUCACAUCGGCAACAAUCUGAUCAAGAUGGAGGGUGGAAGUCAAAUGGCCCCAUUGCCUGCCAUGGUAUCUGACCAGCAGACUUGCAAGUACUGUCCUCAGAAAAGAAACUGCGCAGUUUACAACAGAGCUGUGGAGAGAGAUCCCGUGGGGAGCUGUAGUGAAGGUCAACAGGUAUUUGUGCAGUCAGAGAGCGAGCACCUCAGCCAGAUGCACCUCCAGUACUUCAGCCACUGGCUGCUGCUCUGCACGCUGGAGGCUCUCACCAUGGAGAACAAAGGAGGUCGGCGAAAUAUCUGGCUUCAGACUUCCCAGCAGAGGGAGAAAAGUGGUGGCUGUGCGGGUAACAUGCGGUUAGCUGGAGGCGUCAGCAUCCUAUCUGAUGGUGUAUAUAAACACAGCUUUGAAAGGAAAGAAGGCGAGCAGACUCUCACUGGGCUAAUAGUGGGCGACAGGAUUGUGGUCAGUGAUCAGGACUCUGUGCUUAUAGGCCUGGCCUCAGGAUACGUCACAGAAAUAACAGUCAGUGGAUUGACUUGCUCUUUGGACAAGAACCUCUCUAAGUAUUCCUCAAACACAGUUUUCCGACUGGACCAGGAUGAAGGUGCUGGCGGUCUUAGCACUCAUCUAGGAAACCUAUCUAUGUUAAUGGAAAACACUCCAACCAGUGAAAGAUUGAGGGAGUUGAUUGUGGAAUUUAGGCCUCCCCAGUUCAUUGACAGCCUCAGCAGUGUUUUGCCACGAGAUGCCAAGGACACUGUGGCCAACAUUCUCAAAGGACUCAAUAAACCCCAGAAACAAGCCAUGAAAAAAGUGCUACUGUCCAGAGAUUACACGCUUAUUGUGGGAAUGCCAGGUACUGGGAAAACUACCACCAUUUGUACACUGGUUCGGAUACUCCAUGCUUGUGGAUUUAGUGUUCUUCUGACUAGCUACACCCACUCUGCUGUGGACAACAUCCUCCUGAAACUGAAGAAGUUUAAGAUCGGCUUCCUUCGACUGGGUCGUACUCAAAAAGUGCACCAUGACAUCCUGCCCUUCACAGAGGAGUCAUGUCGCGCCAGUGGCAUGCAGACACUAGAAGAGCUGGAACAACUGUACAGUAAAGAACUUAUCGUGGCCACCACCUGUAUGGGUGUGAAGCACCCAAUUUUCAGCCGCAGACGCUUUGACUUCUGCAUCGUGGAUGAGGCGUCUCAGAUCAGUCAACCUGUAUGUUUGGGACCGCUGUUCUACGCCCAGCGUUUUGUCCUGGUGGGAGACCACCAACAGCUUCCUCCUAUUGUGCAGAAUGCUGAAGCCAGGACCUUGGGCAUGGAUGAGAGUUUGUUUAAGCGUCUGGAGCACCACAGUGAUGCAGUUGUUCAGCUGAAUGUGCAAUAUCGAAUGAACAGUGCGAUCAUGUCCCUGAGCAAUGCUCUGAUGUACGAGGGCCGACUGGAGUGUGGUUCUGAAAGGACGGCAAGCGCAGUGCUGCAGCUGCCCAGAAGAGCUCAGGUUGAGAAGGAACUGGAGCUGUAUGUGUGUCAGCCACAGUACUGUGAUUGGGUCCUGGCUGCACUGGAGCCCAAUAGUCCUGUCUGUUUCCUGGACACCUCUGAGGUUCCUGCCCAUGAGACUGUGGAGAAAAGUGGAAUCAGCAAUCACACGGAAGCCAUCUUGGUACAAGCCCUUGUCACUUUGCUGCUCAAGGCUGGAUGCAGAGCGUCUGAUAUUGGGGUCAUUGCUCCAUAUCGGCAACAGCUGAAAGCCAUCUCCAGUCUGCUACAGGGAGACGCCUUUAAAGCUCUGGAAGUCAACACUGUGGACAAAUACCAAGGACGUGACAAGAGUGUCAUCAUUGUGUCCUUUGUUAGAAGCAACCCUGAGGGCAACUUGGGAGAGUUGCUCCAAGACUGGCGUAGACUGAAUGUGGCCAUCACUAGAGCCAAACAUAAGCUCCUCAUGCUAGGCUCGGCCUCCACCCUUCGCCGGUACGCGCCACUUGAGAAGCUACUCCGUCACCUUCAACAGGAAGAUAUGAUCUUCCAGCUACCUCCUGCCGCCCAUGAGGCACUACCUGGAAUCCACUUGUGAUAAAAACAAAAACCCUUCUGAUACUUGGUGUAUGACACAAAGAUAAUGCUGUGAAAAACUUACUUGAAACAUUUAAGUGAAAUGGUACACAUAAGCUUCAAAUAACUGUUGACAACUUUUAUUUUGUUUUAAUGAUAGAUGUCAAAUUUAAUAUAGAAUCAGCAGUAUUGACAGGCCUUAGUACAUGCUUACAUAAUUACAAUUAUCUUCACUCAAAAAAUUCCUACCUCAUAUCAUAUGUUUUUUACAUCAAUUACAGUUUUAUCCAUGUAGUGUCAUAACUGUUUUGUGUAUGUGCAUUUAUACAUAUUUGUACUUGUUUAAUGUUAUUU